AUGAUGUCCCGGGGACCGACUAUCAACGUGGAAAAAGAUAGUGGCGACAAGCAAAAGACUCCUUACCUUGUAGACUGCGAGCGUGAUGUUCGCGUAACGCUGCGACGCCACACAACGGGGGUUGUGAUCUUUGGUGAUACGGGUGAUUUGUGCACGGAGACAGAUGGCGUAGAUGUGGAUCUGGUGCAUCAAGAUGCGUUUAAGCAGCUUGUGCGCCAUGGCAGCGUAUUGUUUGCUGGAGGCGUGGCUGGAAGCGUUGGAAAGACCAUCACAGCGCCACUUAGCCGUCUCACGAUACUAUUUCAGGUGCACAGCAUGGUGUCUACAAGGCAUACUGACCGUUUUUCGCCUUCAAUGGGCAGUGCUUUCGUCAAAGUACUCAAAAAUGAGGGUGUGCUAGCAUUUUGGAAAGGUAAUGGUGCCAGUGUACUUCAUCGUUUCCCAUACUCAGCUGUAAAUUUCUUCACAUUUGAGAUUGUCAAAAACAGCAUCAUCGCACAGAACCACCCAGCCUUCACCCAACAUUCGUGGACCACCAUGUUUGCAUCGGGGGCAUUGGCCGGUGCAACGGCAACAAUAGCGUGCUACCCAAUCGACCUCAUUCGAACGAGGUUGGCGACGCAGCUAAACACAGACAUCCGGUACCUAGGUAUUCGCCAUGCAGUGCGGCGCAUUAGUGCCGAGGAAGGCAUGCUGGGGCUCUACCGCGGCAUGGGCGCUACACUCAUGGUUACGGUCCCCAAUCUAGCAAUCAACUUUACGUUGUACGAAUCACUCAAGGAGUACGCUCGGUCGUUUCGCCGUAGCCAGAAGCUAUUAGGGCUCACAGGCGUCGAAAGAGAACAGUCUGCGCAGACAUUUAACGAUAUGCCCCUGGGUGUGACCGACACGCUUCUCUGCGGUGGCACGGCUGGCAUUGUCUCGUCACUCGUGACAUUUCCCAUCGAUGUGGUACGCCGUCGCCUGCAGAUCUCGGCCAUCCACGCAGAGAACGCAGGUAUACGUCCGACGACCACAGGCAUCGCAUCGGAGUUGUUCCGAAAGCAGGGCGUGAGUGGAUUUUACCGUGGACUUACGCCGGAGCUCAUGAAGGUUGUGCCAAUGGUAGGUAUUACUUUUGGUACCUUUGAACGACUGAAGAAGGUACUGAUCGCGGAGAAUUAA